GUCUGUGGCAGCCGAAGUUGCGCGCUGCCCACCUACCGUCGAUCUGGUUACCAAAAGGAGAGAGCUGUCUCUGAAAACCUUCACCAUGGAAGAAAUGGAAGAAGAAUUAAAAUGUCCGGUGUGCGGAUCCUUUUUCAGAGAGCCGAUCAUCCUGCCGUGCUCUCACAACAUCUGCCUGGCUUGUGCUCGGAAUAUUUUAGUGCAGACGCCUGAUGCCGAAUCUCCGCAGAGCAGCCGGGCGUCCGGCUCGGCGGUCUCUGACUAUGACUACCUCGACUUGGACAAAAUGAGCUUGUACAGUGAGGCCGACAGUGGUUAUGGCUCGUACGGGGGCUUCGCUAGUGCCCCGACCACCCCUUGCCAGAAGUCCCCGAACGGGGUGCGGGUUUUUCCCCCUGCCGUCCCUCAUCCCCCUCCUCCCCAGCACCACCACCUGCUUCCACAUCCCGGCUGCUUACCACCUAUCCCGCGCAACUCCUCUAUAACCUGCCCGCAAUGCCAUCGCAGUCUCAUCCUCGACGACCGGGGGCUCCGCGGUUUCCCCAAGAACCGGGUGCUGGAAGGGGUGGUCGACCGGUACCAGCAGAGCAAAGCGGCCGCGCUCAAGUGCCAGCUGUGCGAGAAGAGCCCCAAAGAGGCCACGGUGAUGUGCGAGCAGUGCGACGUGUUCUACUGCGACCCGUGCCGCCUGCGGUGCCACCCGCCGCGCGGGCCCCUCGCCAAGCACAGGCUCGUGCCACCCGCGCAGGGCCGGAUCAGCCGGCGCGCGAGUCCCCGGAAGAUCUCCACCUGCACGGAGCACGAGCUGGAGAACCUGAGCAUGUACUGCGUGCAGUGUAAGACCCCGGUGUGUUACCAGUGUCUGGAGGAGGGCAGGCACUCCACGCACGAGGUGAAGGCGCUCGGAGCCAUGUGGAAACUCCACAAGGGACAGCUCUCUCAGGCUCUGAACAUCCUGUCUGACAGGGCCACAGAAGCCAAAGAGUUCCUGGUCCAGCUGAGAAAUAUGGUGCAGCAUAUUCAGGAGAACGGCGUAGAAUUUGAGGCCUGCCUGGUGGCCCAGUGCGAUGCUCUCAUUGACGCACUCAACCGUAGGAAGACGCAGCUACUGUCCCGUGUCAACAAGGAGCACGAGCACAAGCUGAAGGUUGUGCGGGAUCAGAUCUCCCACUGCACGGUGAAGUUGCGCCAAACCACCGGACUCAUGGAAUACUGUAUGGAGGUCAUUAAGGAGAAUGAUCCCAGUGGCUUCUUACAGAUCUCGGACGCCCUCAUCCGGAGGGUCCACAUGACAGAGAGCCAGUGGGGCAAGGGUACACUGACCCCUAGGAUGACUAGUGACUUUGAUCUGACUUUGGACAGUGGUCCACUUCUGCAGACAAUCCAUCAGCUGGACUUUGUGCAGAUGAAGGUCCCGGCAGCCCCCAUACUUCAGCUGGAGGAGUGCUGCACCCAGAACAACAGCGCUACCUUGUCAUGGAAGCAACCUCCUCUCUCCAACAUUGCAGUGGAUGGCUACAUCCUGGAACUGGAUGAUGGGAAUGGGGGUCAGUUCAGGGAAGUGUAUGUUGGCACAGAAACAAUAUGCACGGUGGAUGGGCUGCACUUCAACAGCACCUACAAGGCCCGGGUGAAAGCUUUCAAUGCCAGCGGAGUGAGCCAGUACAGCAAAACCCUGGUCAUGCAGACCUCUGAGACUGGACUCCCCCCAUGCGAUAUAGAAACCAUAGCAACAGUUGCCUGGUUCACCUUCGACCCCACUUGUGCCCACCCUGACAUUAUGUUCUCCAAUGACAACCUGACGGUGACAUGCAACAGCUAUGAUGACAGGGUGGUUAUGGGAAAUACAGGCUUUUCCCGCGGGGUGCACUACUGGGAGAUGAUUGUUGAUCGCUAUGACAACCACCCGGACCCUGCUUUUGGCGUAGCCCGUGGUGAUGUGCUGAAGGACGUCAUGCUGGGGAAAGAUGACAAGGCAUGGGCCAUGUAUGUGGACAACAACCGCUCCUGGUUUAUGCACAACAAUUCCCACACCAACAGGACGGAAGGGGGCAUCAGUAAAGGUGCCACAGUGGGGGUGCUGUUGGACCUGGCACGGGGUAUCUUGAUAUUCCUCAUCAAUGAUGAGCAGCAGGGACCCAUUGCCUUUGAGAACAUGGAAGGCCUCUUCUUCCCCGCCAUCAGCCUCAACCGCAAUGUACAGGUAACAUUACAUACUGGGUUGCCUAUCCCUGACUUCUACCUUCCUGGAGAACCAGAGGCUCCUGGCUCCAUGUGUUAAUAUCAUUAUUGCAAGCGUCCAGUAAGUCUGACCUGCAGUCCAAGUCUGCUGCUACCCCUUGCCAUUCCUGCAGAAAGAUGCCAGAUCAUGACUCCCUACAGCUCUUCAGAAAGGCAAGACCAGCUCUUACCGGAAUCGAUUCAUAUGCAGGCCACUUGGAUUAAUGACAGUAACCACAAACUCAGCUGACAGCACCUUUGCCAAGCUCUGUGUAUGACAAACUGUAAUUGCUUCAUUAUCCACAAUGAGGGAGAAGAGUUUUAAAAAGUCCCGUUCCUUACAAUGUACAGUACGUGUGGAUCAUUGAAUUGUUGUGCUUGCACCUUAAUUCUCCUGUUAAAUAGUGAUUUCAGUUGCAAGUUGCCUGGGACUCCUGAACUGAAUCACCCCUUAAGAGGAAGAACUAUAGACUUUUUUGAGUGUUAAAAAAGGGCAGCCAUACACUGCAAAAAAUAAUUAAGACUGUAACUAGGACCUAGUCCCUGAUUAAUAACAGCCUGUAUUUUCUUCCUCAAAAACUGGGUGCUUCUCUGGAUUCCCCUUGACUUUAUAUUAUAUACAGUAUAUAUUCAGUGAUCUUACAAUGAGUGCAUUUAAUCAAAAAAAUAAUCUAAUC